AUGAACUCCAUCACCAGGCAGCUGAGGAAGGCUGCCCGCAUCAUCCUCAUUGGCGCUCCAGGAGUUGGAAAGGGAACACAGACAGAGAGACUACUCGCCAGAUAUCCGGAAUUAUCCUCAAUCAGCUCAGGAGAUCUUCUGCGCGAAAAUGUGCGGCGCAAGACCCCCCUAGGUCUCAAGGCCGAGGCUGCAAUGCAGUCUGGCAACCUUGUCCCCGAUUCCAUGAUCCUCGAACUCAUUUCCUCCGAAUUUCAAUCCAAGGGUUGGCUCCCAGCGACAGCACCUCUCGCAACAGCCUCAUCACAUCACACCUCGCGCCCAGUCCCGUCAUUAUCUCCCUCCGCGUCGUUUAUCCUGGAUGGGUUUCCCCGAACGGCGAGUCAGGCAUCAAGCUUGGACUCCGUUGUCCCCGUCAAUUUCGUCGUCCAUCUUGUCACACCUCCCUCUGUCAUCCUCUCUCGGAUCGGAUCGCGCUGGGUCCACGAGCCAUCCGGAAGAGUCUAUAAUACCGAUUUCAACGCCCCCAAAGUUCCCGGCAAAGAUGAUAUCACCGGUGAGCCCUUGACGCAACGACAAGACGAUUCGAUUGAGACAUGGAAGCAGCGUUUACAAAAGUUCGAAGAGACCAGCAAGGCGCUGCUAGAGCACUACGAACGGAAGGGCUGCUUAUGGCGAGUGGAGGGCAACUCCAGCGAUGAGAUCAGCCCGCAGGUAUUCGCAGAGGUUGAACGCAAGUUCUGUUAG